CACGUUUGGAAACCAGACACGCCACGGAAGAAGCAACACGACCCGCGCCUGGGUGCUACGGAAAUGACAGGUCGAGACGCGUCGUCCCAGCAGCCACUUGGUCUGCUUCCAUGGCCUACCUGCACAUGGUAUAUCGGAACAGUUCGCUGGUAGACUCACCGGGACGAUGCUCGUCGCCUAUCGCCAGCCAUGGCGACGACCGACAUCCCACCUCAAUGGCGUCUGCGACUCCGCCAAUACCACCGCUACGUGACAUACUGGCGUACCCAGGCCGACGCAGACGGAGAAGAUAGAAGCGCGGACGCCCUGCCUCCUCCUUUAGAUGUCGAUCUAUGGCGUAUCAUCUCCUCCAUUGGCCCACGACCAGACCCAGAGGCGCAGGAGGAGGAGGAGGAGGACUGGCCGGCCCAUUGGGCGUCGAACCCACGGAGCUGGUCUGCGUCGUGCCGUGAGCUGCGCAGGGCCAUGGGCAAGUGUGGGCAGGCGACGGGCGGAGACGACUCUGGCGGACCGUCCGUCCAACAGGACGAUGGUAUGGAGGCGAUCAACGCGACGACUGGACAGGAAGGCAAAUGCGCCCCGCCAAACGAAGCCGAAAGGCCUGAACGUCUCACGGCCUCGGGACCUUCAGCGGUGGCAGAGCAAGACCGAAAGUCGCGCUCUCACACCCAGCAUGAUGUGAACCUAGCACAGCGCCCCGACGUCACCUCCAGUCCGAGUCUGAAGAGGAGCCCGUUUGCCGCUCGGGUGGACGCUAUCAAGCAAAGCAUGGCAGCGGCACGGACGGCUCGAGAGGCCAUCUUGGCCAGAGCGCUCACGCACGACACAGCAGCCAAGAAGACGUGGAGGAGGUCGCUGCCAUUGUCCGAUCACACCCCAGCCAGGUGCUCGGAUGAGGAAGACGCCAGCGUUCAUUCGCUUGAAGAAUAAGAGUUGGUGGCAGCCAGGACCCUACCUGACGCUAGGUCCAGCCCCAGCAUUACAUCGAGCGCCCCCAGUGCCCACGGCGGGCAACAGUGCGAUUGGCACGAGCAGGACCUUGAUGCAGCGGAUGAACGGACGGCCACACAGCACGGCGAAGAAGACCAGAGCAGCAGCCACCGCUCCACGGAGCGAAGCGGUUCAACACACGAGGGG